AUGCAAACUUUGUUUGAAUUAUACUACAAACUGGAAAUGAACGAACGAGAAUCCUAUCUGAUGGAUCUUAUUCAAAUUCUUCCUGUUCAGAGACGUCGUCAUGGCACCUUCAACGAGGAGGCAGAGAGCCGAGGGCAGUGCACUAUGAGUUCCACCGUCCUAGAUGGGCAGGGGAAUUUGACAAGGGUAUGUAAGAAAACCUCCAUGGAAAUUUUUGACAUCCAGCCGCAAAAGAUUACCACGCUCGUCAAAAGAAAGCAAGCUGGUUGUGUAACCUUUGAAGAUAAGCGCGGUGGUUUCAAGCAUUUUAAGUAUACUCUGCAAGUCAGACAAAUCUUGAAGGAUCAUAUCAAUACAUUUCCACGGGAGGAAAGCCAUUACAACAGGACUGAAUCAGAGAAGGAAUAUUUGAGCUCAGACCACAACGUGAACAGGCUGUUUGAAUCUCACAAAAUAAAACACUCCGGCACCACCGUUACAUACAAGUUUUACCGAAGAGUUUUAUUGAAGGAUUUUCCUAAUGUAUCCUUCACAAAGCCGCGAGUUGAGACGUGUAAGACGUGUGACUCCCUUAACAUAGAAUCGAAAUGCACAGACGUCACUGUUGCAAAACAAGCCAAUAUUCAACUUGAAUUACAUCACAGACAGGUAGAGAAUGUUUCUAAGGCUGUGACGACCGAUUCUGGGAAUAGCACUUCACCAGGAAGCGACACUUGUACCGUGACUAUAGGUAGAAAAAAGUUUUUUUUGCUCCCCAAACUAACACACACUAGCAUGUAUUAUAGCCGCCAGUUGUCGUGCUACAAGUUCGGCAUUCAUGUUAGUGACACUGCUGAUAGGAUCAUGUGCGUCUGGCACGAAGGUCAGUCUGGUCGAGGUGAAAAUCAGAUGGCUACAUGCUUGUUACAAGCCCUGAUCACUGGACAUCUCAAUACCUAUAAACGUAAGUUGUGCGUAUGGAGUGAUAACUGUGCAGGGCAGUUGAAGAACAGGAUGUUACUGUUUUUGUACAUUUGUCUCGUGGCCACUGGCAAGUUCGAUACGAUUGAUCACAAAUUUUCAAUUUCGAGACACAGUUUCUCUGCUGCAGAUCGCGAAUAUGCAAUCAUCGAAAAACGUGUGAGAGUUUCAAAAUCAUAG